AUGCACUUAUAACUUGCUGUAACUUUUAAUUCAAUUCAAAUUUAGCUUACUGAAGAUAAUCAAUAUAUGAGAUUGUAGAAACUUUCAUUAGGAAUUAAGGAAUUUGCAUAAAGUUUACCAAAUUAAUAAUAUUUUACAAAUAUUUCAUCAUUGAAGCUAUGUAUAUAUAUAAUAAUAUAUUAAAAGUAAUAUGUGCUUAUCCAUUUUAACAAUACAGUGUGGAAUUGAUUAUUUCAAUUCUAUUUGAUAGAUUUAAGGAUGAUUAAUUUAUUUCUACAUUCCACUAAGCAAUUUCAGAAGUAGCUUAACUAUAAGAAUAAAGAGAAUUUUUAAGUUAAAGAUCAUUCUCUGUUAAAUCCUCUCGAUUUACAAUUAUGUAGAUUAAUAAUAUAUAUUAGAAAAAAUGCAUCAGUAGAUGUGAGAUUGAAAUAAUAAAAUGUAUCCUUUGCAAAAACUGUAAUUGAAAAAUUAUUGAUCGCUAAAAAGUUUAGUAGUGGAUACCUAAAAUAAUUAUUUUAGUAGGCCAAAGAAUUAAAUAUGGAUUUAGAAAAAAUGGCUAAAAUAUUUAAAACAUUUAUAAUAAAUACAAAAGAUUAAGAAUUUAGAUAUUAGAUUAUAUCUAUUUUUGAUAUCUGUAAAAAGGAUAUAUUUGGUGAUCGUCAAUGGAUUACAACAUAUUAUGAAGAAAUUGAAUAAUGUAAUAACUAUGAACUUAAUUUUAGAUUUUUUAUAAAAUCAUAUAUAAAAUUCUAUAGACUUUGUAUCAGAUAAAAACUUAAAAAUCAAUUUAACAUUAAUUGAUGAUUCAUAGAACUAUGAUAGUGAUGAUAAUUAGGAAGAUAGUAUUGAUGAUUAAAUAUAAAAAUGGCUAUUUGAAACAAAUACAUACGAUAUUUUAGAGAGAGAGAAUAUUUUUAAGAAACCUGAAAAUUAUGAUGAAAUUUUAAAGUAUAUUACUUAACCUGAAAAAGUUGAAGUUUAUAAAAAAUGGGUUAUAUAAUUUUAUAAUAAUUAUAGGCUCAAUAAUCUGAUAUAAAUUUAUAAAAUGAUGAUCCAACAUAUUAUAAAAUAUACGGAAAAUCAUUAAAACAAGAAGAAACCAUACGAUCAUAUAAAGCCCUUUAAGUUUUAAUUAAAGAGGAUAAUAUUUAAUUUUUUGAUCAAUUUGUUUAAUAAAAUGUCAUUUAGAUUUGUAACAUAAUAUUUAAAUCUAUAGUUAAUGGAGUUUACAACUUUAUUAAUGAUUAGAACAAUAAUAUGAAUCUUAAUCAUAUUGCAAAACUUAUUGAAAUAACAUUAAUGAAACAACCAAAGUUGAGUAUCGUGUAAAUAGUUGAUUUAAAUCUUUAUUUUUCAUUAAGUCUCUACAUCUACAAUUCUAUGAUAUAGUAAAUUUUAGAGAGUAUGUAUAUUUGAUAUCUAGAUAUAAUUAAUAUUAAAAUUGACUAUUAUUAAUUAGGACAUUUCUUUUAGGAAUAAAUAUGGAAAUAUUUGUGUAAAACAGAAUGGUUUACAUUUAUAGUCUAAAGAGUUUAUAAAGAAGCAGUAAAUAUGAACAUGAUACAUAAAGAAGCCAAAACAGAAGCUAUAAUAAAUAUUUUAUCUAUACUAAAAACACUUUCAUCAUAAAAUUAAAUACAAAUUAAAUCAACACUUAUGAAUAUAGAGGAAAAAGAAUAAUUAACUAAUUUAUUGGGAGUAUUUUAAUCAGGUAAAAGCACUUAAUAAUAUUAUACAACAAAUUAAUUUAAUUGGCAAUUAAAUUAAGAGAUUAAUGAGUAUAUCUCAACCAAAGAAUUCAUUACAAGAGAUUUAGAUAACCUAAAUAAAUUUAUCUAAGAAAGAAAGAAUAAUACUCAAUUAAAAUAAUAUUAUUUAGAUCUCCAAAUGAAAAGAUCAACUAAAACAAAUAUUAAUAACACAUAAAAUAAUAUAAAAGAAUAGGAAUAAAUUAUAUUAAACACAUCAAUGGAAUUUCCUGAAACAAUUAAAAAUACAAUAACAAAAAAUAAUAAUAUUAUUAUUAACACAAGAAAAAGCUAAUCAAAAGCUAUAUUAAAAUUAACUUAUUCAAGUUCUCAAUAAUCAUCUUCAACUUAAAUUAUAGACUCCCCGUAUUUAGAAUCAAAUGAUAAAUAUUAAGUAUAAGUUUCAAUAGAAGAACACUGUCCUUCCAGUUUUAAGAGAUAAUAAUAGAAAUCAAUAUUUUUAUAUUAUUAACCCAACUUCAGAUAAAAAACAGAACGAAACUGUACAAAUGAUGGAUUUUCUAGUUCAAAACUUAAAAUAAUAUAUCCAAGUUAUAAAACCUAAAUUUCACAUAUAUAAUAUGAAAAUUAACUUCAAUAAAUUUAGAUAGAUUAAAAAUACUAUUAUUAAGGAAUAAUAUUAUUGCUUCAUACUACUAAAUCAAUAAUAGAAUAUCUUAAUAAUAAUAAAGUUAAACUUACCUUAAGUACAUUAGAUAUAUCAUGCAUGUCUAAAUGUUUCUUAAGUUAACAUUUUAUUGAUAGAUGUUUUUAAAUUUAUUUGUUGAAUAUUUUGGAAAAUUAACCAUAUGAUUCAAAUUUAUCAGAUGAAUGUGGAAUAUUCAUUAAUUAUAUAUAUGAAAAUGUAACCAAAAUAAAAUGUCUAAAAGAUAAUCAAGUAGAUUUAUGUAACAGUUUUUUAAAUGUUAUUGAAUAUCUUUGUAAAUAAAUAUUUGAAAUGAAUAAAAAUUUAAAUAAUUCUACUAAGCAUAAAUUUAAGAAAUCAUUAUUAAUGACUACUUUAAAUAUAGGAUUCUAGUUAUUUCAAUUAACUUUUAGUGAUUAAAUAGAAAAAUUAAUGAUUUAAUAUAUAAAUGAAAGUGUAUUACAUAUACUAGUGAUAUGGUUUUUUGAUAGUGAUUCAAACAAUACUAUUUAAAGAAACUUUUUUAUGUAUCAUUCAAUCAUUAAAUUUAAGGUUUUUAAACUUAUUGCUGAAUAAAACUCAUCCUGCAAUGAUAUCUACACUUUUUUUUAAAAUAGGACUUAUUUAAUCACUAUAAAAUUCUUACUCUAGAUUUUAUGUUAAUGGAAUCAAGAAUAAUUCAUAUUAUGAAAAUCUCACUUAUUAUAUACAAAAUAUCAUAAAAUUAAUUUAAAAUGUAAAGAUUAUAUAUUAUUAAAGGUUAUACAUUAAAGAAAAUUAAUUUAAAUUCAAAGAAAUUUAGAAACAAUGUAAUCAUGGCACAUUAUCACAGAAAAUAAAUAUUUUGAAUUGACUUAAGCGAUAAUAAAUAAUAAUAUAAUAUAAGAAUAAAUGUCAAAUUAAGAGUAAUUAUCUCUAAAUGAUAAUAAUAAUCAUAGAAGUGAUGAUUUAAAACAAAAAGAAUUUAAAGUUGGAAAUUAGAAAGUAAAUUAAAUAAUAAAAAAAUAGAUUUUAAGUCAUUCUCUCAAAUUAUAACCACUUUGUCCAGGUUUGCCAAAUAAAUGUAAUAAAUAAACUAUUAAUUCUUGA